GAUCGCACGGCUGAGCAAAACCUCGAAAGCAACACUUGCGCGUCCCUUCUCUGCACACCAAGGAGCACAAUUAUCAAGAUGCCAAGUGCCGAUUCUCCCCCAACAUCCUCAUCCGCAGCUGUCGCUGGCCAACAGACGUCGAGAUCAGACCCUCGCCUCUUCAAUGGUCGCCCGCUCACGGAUGAAGAACGCUUCCCGCCUCCACCAAAAGACCUUCUCUCCGUCCUAAAGACAUUCAUGGCAACGCAGGAUCGAAGGGUAUCCCUAUGGAAGGAGUACGAGGAGGCAAUGGAGGGACAUCUCAAAGCUAAGCAGGAGCAGAAGGAGCGAGGUGUCGACCUCAAUGAGGACGAGGCCGCUGCGCCCACAACAAACGGCCAUCACGCAAACGGGGAUCAUGCCCCCGUAUCAGGUGAGGGUCACUACGCCACCACUACGGUCCCCCUUUCUUCAGACAACCUCAUCAGUCGCAUCGUAUCCCUAGUCACCACCGGUCUGCUGGAUUGCGCGCACGAGACGCGCUCCCUCUCCCUUGAACUGAGGCAUAAUGAGAGCUUCGCGAGGCCAGAUUUGGCCAGGAUGGUGGAUGGAGUGCAGGAGGCUGAGAAUGAGGUGUUGCGCAAAGUGGUAAAGAGGGAUCAGGUCAGACGGGUGCUGGUCACUCAGGGAGAUGAAGAGGCAAGGAAAGUGCUGGCGGGGCCCACGAACGGUCAGGAUGAGGUUGGCGGACCUGGCGAGGGCAACAGUGUAGAAGAGGGGAUUGCCUCCUUGACCGCAGGGAUUGAGGAGCUGCGUAAGGGGCGGAUUGCGGAGCUGCUAGUCGAAGUUAGGGCUGAGAUGACUGAUCUGCAAGCUGAGGCGGCAGAAGUUGGCGAGGAGUAGUAGCUAGUAACAGCUGCAAGUCAAUUGUAAUACCAGUGCCAUCAUUGCACAAGGGAGGAGUCAGGAACAGCGUCAUCAUGAG